AGUUCCGAUCACCCCUUCGACCCCACAAUGUUUUGAAAACUUGUUCGAUCGAGAAUGCUCGGCCCCACAUACAGCCCCAAAACGUAAAUAAUCGACAGUCACAUUGAAAUUCACGCUAAUUACUCAUCACAACUCAUUAUUAUCAGUCAUCAGAAUUCAUGAACACAGGAUGGCGACUUCAGUGAGCAACACAGAUGAGAAGAACUAUUUGCCGUCCCCUGAAGACCAAGAGGCCCUGCAGGAGCACUUCGCGAGAAUCCGCGAGUGGCUGAACGCGCACCGAGACCUGUCGUAUCCGGACGUUUUCUCCCCGGUCUACAGCGACGAGGACCGCAUCAGGCUGACGAUCGCGAUCCUCGCGGAGCACGGCCUCCUGGGGCUGCGCACGGCCCCCCAGGAGCCGCCGUACACCUUCGAGAAGGACCUGGGAUUCUCCCAGCUGCAGGGCUCGUCGGCAGAGGUUCUCCUGAAGAACCACAAGUCGAGUAAACACAACAGCGUCAUCGACCUCUGCACACAGGCGAUAAUCCACGCCCCAGUGGACUCCAAGGAGCUCGCGAUAGCCUACGGCAGGCGUGCGGAGGCCCUCCUCCGGGUGAAGCUCUAUGAGGACUGUCUCAAGGACGUGGAGAGGGCGGUCAAGCUGGCCUACCCCCCGGACCUCAUGGCGAAGCUCAUGCUGAUAAAAACGAGGGCUCUGGCCAGUCUCUACGACCUCGACAGCAUAAUCGUGGAGAAGGCCAUCGAGGAGACCAAAGCACUGGCCAAGCAAAUGAAUGGGUACAGGAGGGGACCCAUCACUCACGCCCUCAACCAGAUCGUCAGUGGGAAGGUGAAGCGAGCGGAUCAGUUCGUCAAGUGGAACGACGAGGGACAUCUCCCGGAUUUUCCCCCUGGACACGUCGACAAUCCGGAGAUUCCUGGGGCGUCAGAUGCCAUUGCCAUUCGCUAUUCGGGGAAGUAUGGGAGGCACAUCGUCGCCACCAGGGACAUCGACGUCGGCGAGGUGCUCGCUGUGCAGAUCCCCUAUGCUGCUGUCCUCGAACUCGAGAGGAGGAGGACCAACUGCUGGUACUGCUUGAUGCAGACCUGGUCGGCGAUCCCCUGCGAUGCGUGUGUCAAUGUCGUUUUCUGCUCCGAGGAGUGCAGGGACAACGCUUGGAGGGAGUUCCAUGACGUCGAGUGCGGGGUCCUCGGGCUCAUCAUCGCGGAGAAGAUGGACGUCACUGCUGUCAUGAGCGCCAGACUGCUCAUCAAGGGGUGGAGGGAGGCUGGCAGCUGGCAGGCGCUCAGGGAGAGGGUGGAGGAGGUCGAGUCCUAUUCUGAUUUAAGGACCAAAGGAUUUACCUCAAACAUUCUCGACAGUAAAAAAUACACCAGUAUUAUUACCCUAUCGACAUGCACCGAGAAACGAUCGAUGGAGGAUCUCUUCAGGCUCUCAGUGGGAGCCACAACCCUCGUUUACGUUCUAGCCACAAUGACCAAUAUCUUCGGGGAGAAGUUGGCAGGAGAGCGCAAUAUACUGCUGAACCACCCAUGGGUCAUCUUCGCUGGAUCGAUUAUCCUCAAGCACGCGCAGAUCCACUCGGUCAAUUCACAAAUGGCCUGUGAAUGGGAUCCCAAAGCAAACACCUCUUGGGCACGUGCAAUGGUCUUGGUACCAAUUUACGGACUCAUCAAUCACAGCUGCGAUCCCUCGGUUAAUUACACGUCACAUGGAAGAUACAUGGCUCUACACACAAUUCGUCCAAUCAAAAAGGGCGAACAGAUUUUCGAUCACCGAGGGGCUUCUUUCGCAUCAGUUCCCUACGCCCAGAGGCAACUUCAAAGGAGACAACUCUUCUUCUUCAUGUGCGACUGCCUCCCAUGCCAGGAGGCCUGGCCACAAUUCAACGAUCUGCCCUCCUACUCAGAAAUGGGACUGCCCAAGUCAGUGGUGGACACCCUCGACAACGUGAUGUGCUCGCACAAUGUCUUCAACAUUAUGCAGAGUCGUUCAACGUUGGACAACAGUUCAGUCACACCACUCUCCCUCGUUGUUUUGAUUGAGAACCUCAAAGACCUGUACAAACACGUGCAUCAGCCAUGUCGAGAGAUCGAGGAAGUCGUCAGGACUCUGGAGAACGUCUGGCUGCAGAUAGGCAGUCGCUGCCAAUCACUGGAUCGUUAGGACGAUGUGAGAGAAUUUUAGAAAAGUAUUAUUCUUAAGAAAAGCUGACGUCCAAACUUUAGAUACGACUUUUUAUGUUUAUCAUAUUAUAUUUUGUGUUACUGGAGUUGGAUUUCUUUUUUGUCUCAAUAACGGUGAUAUUGAGGAAUAAGUGGAAGACGUGAUGGGAAAGAUUGAGAUAUCUUCAUACGUUUGGGUAAAGAUUAUAAAAAUUUAUAAUUCGUUUGUAGUUCAGUCUUCUUUAUGCCACUGACAAAUCUGCGUCAUUUAUUAAUCAUCAGUGAAUGUGAUAUAGAACGACAAUUAUUCACAUGUGAUAUGGAAAUCUCAAGCUUUGAGAUGAAUCUCAUUAAUUUCACUCUGAACCUUAUAAAAAUUAUAAGAAUAUAAAUUUUGCUUUGGCCUCGUGAAAAUUACACGAUUUCUGUACGGGAUGCUUCAUCAGUCUCAAUAAUGAGAGCAAUGAGGAAUAAAUGAAGGACAUACUGAAAAAAUUGACAAUUCUUUAUUUGUAUAGACAUUACAAAAAUUAAUAAGUCACUUAUAAUUCAGUUUUGUUAUGCAGUGGACGGAUCUGAGAUUCAUCAUAAUAACGAACGAUGAUAAUUCGUGUUUAUGUGAUAUAAAAUCGUCAAGCCUAGAUAUGAAUAAUUUUUCAUACGAUUAAUUAUAAAAGUACAAAGUCAACUCCCGACGGAGUUUGGACGGAUGAUUUAACAAAAAUAACCAAAUACCUAGUUUAUUAUAAAAAACUUUGAGACUCUAUAAAACCAUGUUAUGAGGAUUGUUGGGGUACUUGGGAGUAAUACCCCCGCCACGGACUGAAGAUUAACAGUUCUUUGGCGAGUGUUGUACACAGUUACCCAAAACUUAUCAGUAAACUUUGAUAUGAGAGCCAAGCUCAAUAACUACAAUUAUUUAUUAAAAUAUAACUCUGAUGUUGGGUUUGAACGAUUGUACUGGUUUACUAUGCCCUACUAUGUACAGGCUGUCAAGUUUUUAUUUCCCAUUCUGUCGUCGAGCGAUUAUCAAUCAAUCUGUACGUUCGCUAAUUCCUUAAUUAAACAAUUAUUGGAGUAAAAAAUUAUAAAGAACUAUACAAAAUGAGAUUCUGCGGGGAUUCAUUGGGGGGUGUUGAUAGCAAACUGCCAACGCACUAGAGAUUACCUCAUGGAAUAUAGAACAAGAACAAUCUCAUCUUAUUAAAACAUAAUUACUCAGUAAUGAGACUCGGUAGAAUUUUGUUCUGAUAAAGUCCUUUGAGACUCUGUGAGAAAUAGGAGAAUUUUUAUGGGCACAUUUUUCCACAAUUCUGUCAUGACAGAAUUAAACUAUCUGUGCGUUAAAAUGGGAAUGAAUUUCUCAUAAACAUCUUUAAAAUAUGGGAGACGGUAACUUGGAUGAGAAUUUUUUGUCGAAGUACUAUAAAAAUUCCUUAAAUCCCAUAUAUUCAACCAAUAAUUCGUUUUUUAUAUCUCUAAAUCCCCGGAUAAUUUAGAAAGCUCUAGAAAAAUUUCCCUAUUUCCCAUAGCCAAACACUUUCCACCAAAACUCUCAUCCCCGAGACUCCC